AUGGCAGACGCUCUCGAGAAGCUGAAGAAGAAACGAAGAACGUAUCGUGCAACGACAACGAAAACAGUGAACAAAAUUGACGAUAUUUCAAAGCAAGAGGAUGUCGAUGUUAUCAGGAUUCAGCAACUGCUCAGUGAUAUAAGAGAGAAAUUGGGCACUUUGAAAGAGUUGGACGAUGGCAUUUUAGAGAUAAUGUUUGAGAACAAUGACGACGAGGCCUGCGAGAAGGAAGCAGAAGAGGCAAAUGAAAUUAGAGAGAAGGUCACAUACAACAUUUUCUUGUUGGAAAAAGCAUUAAAAAAGAAUUCAUCGUCAACCCCGCAGACCAAACCAAAUCUUCAGAGAAGCUCGUCUUUGGAAAGUGUAAGCUCCAUGGAGUCAUCCACAAGCUCGGCCAGAGGCUAUCAUAGGAAAGUCAAACUGCCGCAGCUGGAAUUGAAAAAAUUUUCGGGGAAUAUUCCUGAAUGGCAAGAGUUCUGGGAUGGCUUCAAAAGUGCAAUCCACGACGAUGAAGAUUUAGCCAAGGUAGAUAAAUUCAAAUACUUGCGCUGUUACCUUGAAGAGCCAGCCCGGAGCGUGAUCACGGGAUUUGCGUUAACCGAUGCUAAUUACGAUGCUGCGGUAGAUUUGUUAACGAAGAGGUUUGGCAAGACAAAUGUCAUCAAAAGAGCAUUAAUCAACGACCUAAUAAAUCUGCCAGCCGUAUUCAGCGAAAAAAAACGCAAAUCGAUUACGUAA